GGGACACAAACAGUGGUGUAUGAAUAGCUUUAACAGCGUCAACAGCAGCAGUUUCUAGUGUGGAAGGAAGGCGACGAGAAAAACAACAACAGCCAGCCACCAGAGGAAGAAUAAACUGUUGUUUCGACUCCUGCGUCUCAUCUGACCCUCUGUUUUACGGGACAAGCGCACGAGCAGGAGGCGAACGGCGGGUCUGUCUCUGAGAUGCAACGGUGGACUUUAUUCUCGCUGCGAGCUAACGUCAUUGAGCUAACCACAGGAGUAAGUUAGCCGUGCAUUGAUUCAUGCUAGUGCGUGAGCGUUAUCUGUGGGGCAAUACUGGAACAGUCGUAAAAGUUUAUGUUCUUGCACCACUUCGACUCUGGUCAACUCCGUCUAAAGAAGAAUCGGACCGUUUGUCCCUGAACCCACAGCUCCAGUCGUCCAUCGACUCUGUCCUGAGCUGAGAGGUUACAACUUUGAAUAUGGCGAGUGGUUCACACAGAGACCACACAACUGGCACUUAUAAGUGUUUGGACUGGUACGUUGUCCAGCUAGAGUACCCGAGAUAAACACUGUUACAUUGGACAAUUCGUGUAAUGGACAAGGAGAGUGACGGGUUUCAUCUGUACGUCUCACUACGCGGUUGCUGUCAGAGUUUCACAGCAAUGGGUUGCCACUGCUAAAGCCUCCCUCUUAAAGUUCGUCGACACAAGCUCAACACAUUGAUCGACAUGAACUUGCACUGGAUUUAAAAGACUGUCUGGAAACCUUAAACGUCACAGCUGUCUCCAGAUCGGACAGCUCAUCUGAGCCUUUCUGCUGGUCCCCAGAGCUUAAUUUCGGGCCAACAUGUCAAUGUCAGGGUCCACGACUGUGCAGCUUUUCACCAAGCUUGUCAAGCAUGCAGUGGGUAAGGCGCAGAUUCAGCUGAACCGCUGGCUGCAGAAGAGUGCCACAGAUGAGUGUGACAAGAUCGACAUCCUGAUAUGCAGCGCUUUUGACGAGACAGGGGCUGCCAUAGGGAAGUCAGAUGGAGACCCUGAGGUUAUCAAUGACACGGGAGGGAUGCCCUUCACCAACAGUGGAGAGUUCAGACACCCAUGCUGUAUCACCACCUUUUGCUUCAAGAGCGCCCUGCUGGCAUGCAUUAUCACCGCUGUAUGCUUCUCCUCGGUUGCACUGGUUCGGCAAUACCUCAAGGACCUUCUGCUUUGGGUGGAGAGCUUGGACAGCCUUGUCGGAGCCUUGCUGUUUAUAGUGGGUUUAAUUAUCGUAUCAUUUCCAUGCGGAUGGGGAUAUAUUGUUCUUAAUGUGGCAGCUGGCUACCUCUACGGCUUUGUGCUGGGCAUGGGACUAGUUAUGGUGGGAGUUUUAAUAGGGACCUUUGUGGCACACCUGGUGUGCAAACGUCUAUUGACUGAGUGGGUGCUGAACAAGGUUGGCAACAGUGAACAGCUCAGUGCUGUCAUUCGAGUGGUGGAGGGAGGAAGUGGACUCAAAGUUGUGGCCUUAGCGAGACUCACCCCUAUACCGUUUGGGCUCCAAAAUGCAGUUUUCUCGAUCACAGACGUGUCCUUGCCGAACUACCUGGUGGCCUCCUCUGUGGGUUUGUUGCCCACUCAGCUUCUCAACUCCUACCUGGGCACCACGCUACGCACCAUGGAGGACGUCAUCGCUGAGCAGAGCGUCAGCGGCUACUUUGUGUUCAGCCUGCAGAUCGUCAUCAGCAUCGGCCUAAUGUUCUACGUUGUGCACCGGGCACAGGUAGAGCUCAACGCAGCCAUCGCUGCCUGCCAGAUGGAGCUGAAGUCGUCACACAUGAACGGCUCCUCCACCAAUCACAGCGGCUUCAACUACUGCAGCAAGAGGGCGACGGCAGGCAGUGGAAACUGCAUUAAUGUGGUGUGAACACCAACCGACUCACCAGGCGGUAGUUUGUAUGUCUUGGUCCCCGAAUUGCAACACUGAAGAACUUAAGGUAACCCGCUGAGUUCAGAAGGUGUCUGAAAUGUGUUUAUCAGUUUCCAACAACAUAUUCUGGCCUCCCUUGUGUGGGAACCAGGGAAGCAUUCGUCUUUGGUAGGUACGGUGAUUUAGAAGUGUGGGACCUUCACCGUCUGAAGAAACGAUGCUGAUGGAAGUGGUUUUGCGGUACAUCCCCUUUUCUUUUAAUUAAGGUACUUCUAAACCUAUUCUUACAAGAGAUGUCAAUGGAAUUAUGAUUUUUAGAGGUGGCUAAGUGAGGAAGUGAGUCAUUAAAAACAAUACCUAGGCAUUAACUGCCUGCUAACACUAUGAAUGUGCAAUCUGGAGAUUUUUACAGAACCAAGGAAUUGUUUUUCCAUUUCAGUGUCAAAAGAAUGCCAACCUAUGCACCUUUUCUUUCAUACUACAUCUGAUUUGUUUUAUUCAUCCAUACCUUAGCCACAGUACAAAUAAUAAGGGCCUUAUUCAUAUUUUUGAAAGAUUUGGCUUUUUAGUCCAGGUAAUAUUUUUUGUGUGUGUUAUACUUUUGGACUAUGGAGAGAGGGUGGGAAAGCUCUCAUGGAGCUGUGGGAUGUCUGCUGGCUCACGACCACACCGGCUGAAUUGGCCUCUUCUGCCCGGAGAUCAUUUUGGCGCUUCUGCAGUUGAAGAGCAGCCGGGGAGGAGAACAGAUUUCACAGCAGGGGACUCAGGAAUGUUUCUGCCAGGAAGGUUGAAGUGUCACCAGCUCCCCGGUAGCACAGCCACAUGCGCUGCUACAGAGCCACUGAGCUUAAACCAAGAUGUUUAUUCCUAAUUUUGAUGUGAUUUUUCCUUUGUUUUGUUUUCAAAUGUUAUUUGGCUGUGAGAUCAUUCAUUAGGAUUAUCACAUUGCUUAAGACGGUAGUUUUGACAAUUCUGUGCAAUACAUCAAAAACAGUGACAAAAUGGCAUGAAUGUCCUAUUUCAGUGCUGAAACCAAACUAAUCAGAAAUGCACAUAAAAAUAACACAAACCUGGGUCUGUGUUUAUUUAAAGUUGUACAUGCAUUAAAAAUGAGUAAGCUAGAUGAGAUAAAGAGGCUAUUAUAUUGUAUGUGCCAUAAUUUGAUAAAGCUUAUCAGACGCCAUGACACUGGCCUUACCUGAGGCUACAUGUGACUUAUCCUAUUUUAUUAAUUAUGCUGGUAAUUCUAGAAAUGAUCUAUGAACAACUUUUGUGUUUUAAGCUCUUAAUAAUACAACAAGCUCUCAUGUUGUGGGUUCUCUGGCACAGUCUACUUCAAACAGAUAUUUCCUACAGAUAAGUGAAACUUGGAAGGGUUUGGUUGGUCAAAAGUUGAAAGUGAUGUCUCAGAAGCCGACAAUCAAACACAACACUAAGCGAUGAAUGUGAUUAAAAAAAAAAAUAUUUUUACAUGAAUUAUUGUGAUGCUGAUCCUCAGACAAAGUCUGAAUGAGGAAUUAUAAGGGCUCCUAUAUGAAAUAUUGAUCUAUAUCCCUAUAUUUGUAAUGCUGGCAAAACAUUAAUUUUUUUUAUUUUUGUACAAAUGUUUUCUUUUUCUGUUUUCAAAGCCAGAUUUAAUGUUUGCCCUCCACAUUCCAUGCUGUCAGUCCUCUUAAAAGCUGUAGAGUUAUUUUCAAUGUUGGUUGAAAUGGCCCCCUCAUGUCAAAAUUCAGCAAUAAUGUUUGAAAGUCAAAAGCAAAGAAAUAUGAUCAAAGUCCUACCAGUAAGAUGUGUUGGGAACAGCGGUUUACUCCCGACAUUAAAGAUCUUCUCUGUAACAUGUAUUUAUCUUUUGAAACUGCAUUUGAGUUUUUAAGUUGAUCCAUGUUACCCUGUAAGGUUAAAGUAUUACAACUCCCAGGUUUGUGUUUCAGUGUUUUCAACCUGCCUAUUACCUCCCGCUGCCUCUGACGGACAUUAAUUACUGAGCUGCCAGUUAUGAGGAAGAAACGCACCAAAUGGAACCGGAACAGCUUGUUCAGAUCUGAGUCACCUUCUUUGGAGAGUCCCUAAACCUGCUCGUCGCUGGUUGAAGUUAAGCCAUCAACCUCACUCUGUCAUAUAAAAAUCUUGUGAAUCCAACCCAGUCACAUUUGCCAGUUUCUUACUUGAAUUGAACGUUUACGUAGAGGGAGACAAGAACAUUUUAUGCCUGCAAGGUUUUUAAAAUCUUCUCACAACUCUCUAAUUCUCAUUUUUCAAAGGCAUGGAAAUUAGUUUUUCUGUAAAUGCACGAGACUUUCGCUUGACAGCAGGGAUAUUUUUUUCUUUCCUCCAAACAAAGUGUGGUUUGAUGAAGCUGUUCUGCUCAGAAGUGGAUAUUAAACAGGUUUAAUACAAAAAUCAAGUAUGUUAAACUUGAUUGACCACCUUGGACACACUUCAUAAUAUUUUAGUCUGUCAACUGGGAUUUUGAAAACUUGACAUUGUGGGAAGAUGUAUUACAGUAGACUUUGGUUCCUCCUAGGUGGACUCUAUUUAACUUAGAUAUAGUUAUGCAACAACUGAUUCCUAAGGGAAGUAUAUUUCAUAGAUACCCACACAAGACCUGAAUCUGGGAUGUAACUGCACACACAACUGGACUGUUAAGGAGGAGGAAAAUAUGAGAUCAUAAACUUAAAGUGUCACGUUAAGGGUCUCGUUUGGUGCUAUGAAAUGCAAUACUUCCCAUCUGUAUCAAGUGCAUUACACAUAUACUGUAUUUUGUAAUACAGAGAAUUUUACAGUGUAUAAACAUUGAUAGUUAUCGCUGUACUACGCUUGUUCAGUGUUAUUUAUGAGAGAAAAUAAAAGUCAGACUUUGUUAC